AUGGGACUUUCAAGUGCCAUUGCAAUGAAGGAACAAGAAGAGCUUGCAACAGCUUGUAUAGUUGAGUUGGAUAAUUCGACAGGUUCCAUCACGACCCCGAAUAAGAGCAAGCCAAGGGAGAACUCAAAGAAGCAACUAACAACGCCAACAAGUAGUCAUGAAAAGAAACUGCAAGAGAUGCAGGAGAUGAUAAAGAAGCUGAAGGUUGAGAACGCAAAGAUGGAGAAUAUGUUGAAGAAAAGGGAUGAGAUGAUAAGGCAGAAGGAUCGAGAGCUUGAGGCAAAAGAAAGGGAGCUAGAGAAGUUCCGAUGUGAGUUCAAGAAGCUGCAGAAGGUUCAGGAUCUCAAGCUUGCUAUGAUGUUCCCAAUUGGUCAUGCUGAGAGAGAUAUCAAACACAUGAAGGAGAAGAAGAAAGGUCUCUUUGAGGAAAGGAGGCCAUCUACACCCUACAUCCCAUGGUGCAAGGAUCGGUGGAAUAAGAUCAAGGGGAAUAAAUUUUAUGAGGAAAAGGAUCAAGAGGUCUACAUUGAAGUGCUUCGGAUGGGAUUGAAUCGGUUGAAGCACGAAAUGAAAGUGACGAAUGAGAGAGUUGAUCAAAUGAGUUCUAAUCUCCAAAUUCUUAGAGGAGAUAUGCUAAAUACGAAGACUGAAUUGAGUAAGAAGGAAAAUGAGACUAAAGAGCAAAAUGAAUUGGCAUUGCAAAAAUUCAAGGAUCAUAAAACUCAAUGGAAAAUCGCAAGAGAAGCAACUGAAGAUGAAGCCAUAAAGCCAUCCACGUACGAGGAAGCUUCACAAUGUGCUGAAUGGAAGAAGACAAAAGCAGAUGCCGAAAAGCAACUUGACACAAUGUCCAAGAAAAAGGUGGUGUGA